GGAAGCAGCCGCGGCCCCAGCUCGGGAGACAUGGCGGGCGUUAAAGCUCUUGUGGCAUUAUCCUUCAGUGGGGCUAUUGGGCUGACUUUUCUUAUGCUGGGAUGUGCCUUAGAGGAUUAUGGUGUUUACUGGCCCUUGUUUGUCCUGAUAUUCCAUGCCAUCUCUCCCAUCCCCUAUUUCAUUGCCAAACGAGCAACAUAUGACUCCGAUGCAACAAGUAGUGCCUGUCGGGAACUGGCUUAUUUUUUCACUACCGGAAUUGUUGUUUCUGCCUUUGGAUUUCCUGUUAUUCUUGCUCGUGUGGCCGUGAUCAAGUGGGGAGCCUGUGGCCUGGUGCUGGCAGGCAAUGCAGUGAUUUUCCUUACAAUUCAAGGUUUUUUCCUUGUAUUUGGAAGAGGAGAUGAUUUUAGCUGGGAGCAGUGGUAGCAUGUGCUUUAUUCUGAUAAAAUGCAUUUAAUUUCUUAGAAUUCAUACUGUAUGUAUAUGUGUGCACAUGUGGCCUUUUACUAUGAAAUUUAAUAUACUGUUUCUUUAUACCUUUGUAAUCAUGUUCACUUUAAGGAGGACUACGUGGGGAAAAGGUUAGUUUUAUUCCCAGCCAGUAGACCUCUCCAUUUACUCAAGUUGAAUUAUGUUAUUUGUUUAGCUUUUCAUAGAGUCAUGGUGCUCUCAGAAAAUAUGUUAACUCAGUCUUGUAGACAGCUGCUCACUCAGUGUGCUGCAUCUCCACCUUUGGCCCAGGGAUGUGCUUCAGUGGGCACAUAGCACUGGGGCUGUCUCA